AAGAUACGAUUUGCACAACGGAGCGACAUCAAAGAUGGCGGGAGCCUCCGACCCACUGGAGGACAUGCUCUUCACGGAGGUGGAUGAAAAAGCCGUCAGCGACCUGGUGGGUUCGCUCGAGUCUCAGCUGGGCGACAGAAAGACUCCCGCCCCUUCGCUUUCCGACGGGAACCGGGAGGCAGCUCCGGCGGCCGCGGCUCAGUUCUCAGGGAAAGUGCGCGAUCAAGUGGGGUCUGCUGAGCCGCAACAAGGGCAUCCGAAAGCGGGGUUAACCCAGGGACCCGGCGCCAACGAGCCGCUCUCCGGUCCGAGCCUCUCCUCCUCUACCUCCUCCGUCGCUACCGGGGCCGUGAUCACCACCGGAGCCGGGCUACAAACUGUUGGAGCUGCUCCCCCGACUGCUUCCCCCGGACCGGGACCCGUAACUUUGCCCACUCCGCCCGCCGCCGCUGCUAGCUUCCACCGGGCGGCUGUCCUGGCUCCGAGCGCGGCUCCCAGCUCCUCCGCCGUCCCGGUGGCGGACGGUUCCCGGAGCGGAUCUCCCGCUCUGCUCAGUUUAAACGGAAACGGCGGAGCUGCAAAGUUGGUGAACUCGCCCGCGGUCGCGCCACCGGCCGGAGGCAGCACCGUGAUCAGUGCUGUCAGUGCCGGGGGGUCCGCGGUCAUCAACCCCAUGACUUCUCAGCCCACUUUCCCGGGACCGGCUCCCACCGUGGUCCUGCAGAGACACCCCGGCCCCGCGGCCAGCGUCACCCAGAACGGGAUGGACCCUAAGGUGGUGACCCAGGGCGCCCCCCCAGCCUCCAGCCCUCAGGUGAUGAACCACAGCACCCCCCUGAUGCACGCCAAGAUGCUGGUGCCCAGUCAGCCUGUGUCCGGAAACACCGUCAUCCUGACCAGCACCGCCUCUGCAGUCCAGUCCCCCAUCACCCAGACCGUGUCCAGUCCGGCUGCCAUCACCCUGACAGGGGUCAAACCUGCCAUGAACGGGGUGGCUCAGCCUGCGGUGACUGUGGUGAGGCCUCCGGGCGGCCCGGUGAUGGCCACCUCCCUCCAGCAGCAGAGACCCGCAAUGGUGGCGAGCUCGACCCGGGCAGCUGCCCCUCAACUUCCUCUGGCUGUCCGGCCCCAGCAGCAGACCACCAUCCAGCUGCCCCCCGGCUUCACCAUGCCUGCAGGUAUGGUUCUGGUGCGGACGGAGACGGGUCAGCUGGUCAUGGUCCCUCAGCAGGUCCUGGCUCAAGCUCAGGCCAAGACCCAACAGGCCCAGACUGUGGCCAACAUCACCCAGAGACCUGGCACACCGACGGCUGGGGCCGCCAUCCGGGUCAGCACCGCCACCACGGCUCCUGUCACACCUCACACCGUCCGCCUGGCGGCACCCGCUCCGACCAGGAUGGUUCAGUCUCCCUCCACCACCACCGUACAGAAGGCCAUCACCGUGGCCCCUGGUGGUGCAGCGGUGUCUGUGAAAAUGACGACACCUCAGAAGGCUCCAACGGUGAUAACAGCCGGGGGGAUGCCCGCAGCCAAACCUGCCGCCGCUCUGACCAACACGACCCCUGCUGCCACAGCCACGCCCCCCAACAGAGUCACCGUGGUGUCGCAGGAGAUGCAGGAGAACGUGAAGAAAUGCAAGAACUUCCUGGCCACACUCAUCAAGCUGGCGUCCCACAAUUCUCCCUCCCCAGAUACCUCCAAGAAUGUGAAGGCCCUGGUGCAGGACCUGCUCGAUGCUAAGAUCGAGCCGGAGGAGUUCACCACUCGGCUGCAGGCUGAGCUGAAGUCCUCCCCUCAGCCCUACCUCAUUCCCUUCCUCAAGAAAAGUCUCCCUGCCCUGCGUCAGUCUCUGCUCAGCAGCCAGCAGUCUCUGAGUGUCCCCAGCACCUCCACACCAGCCCUGGCCGCCCCCGGCUCCAUCACCGCCAUCAGACCCCGGCUGCCCGUCAGUCCGGCGAGCAGCACCAUCAAACUGAACACGCCGCUCACUAACACAACAGCUCUGGCCGUGGGCAGAGCCGGAGUUCAGACGGUCCAGACUCGUUCACCUGUCGUCAUCAGUCAGACUCUCAGAACUCAAGCGACGCUCAUCAGAGGAUCUCCGACCAUCGUCGGCAAGAGUCUGGUUCACCUGGCAGCUCAAGCCAAUCAGAAGAAACUAAGCGACCCAGGGGGCGGGACGUUCAGAGAUGACGAUGACAUCAACGACGUGGCGUCCAUGGCUGGCGUCAACCUUAACGAGGAAAAUGCCCGUAUCCUGGCAACCAGCUCGGAGCUGGUGGGCACAAAGAUCCGCUCGUGUAAAGACGAAGCCUUCCUGCCCACUGGUCUGCUGCACCGCCGCAUCCUGGACACAGCAAAGAAGCUGGGUGUGAGCGAGGUGCCGCUGGAGGUGGUGAACUUCAUUUCUCACGCCACUCAGUCCAGACUGCGCUCGCUGCUGGAGACGGUGUCGGCCGUCGCUCAGCAUCGUACAGACGGAGGAAAGGAUGAAGAUCAUCAUGAACCGUCGUCAGACGUUCGCUCGCAGCUUCGCUUCUUCGAGCAACUGGAGCGAAUGGAGAAACAAAGGAAAGAUGAACAGGAGAGAGAGAUGCUGCUGAAGGCUGCCAAGAGUCGUGCGAGACAAGAGGAUCCAGAACAGGCUCGUCUGAAGCAGAAGGCCAAAGAGAUGCAGCAGCAAGAGUUGGCUCAGAUGCGACAACGAGACGCCAACCUCACAGCCCUCGCCGCCAUCGGACCACGCAAGAAACGCAAGCUGGACUCCCCGGGAGGAGCAGCGGCGGGCCCAGAGGUGGCCUCAGGCUCGGGUGUCGGCUCCUCUGUGUCCCCCUCCUCCCGCCAGCAGCUCCGUCAGCGAAUCACUCGAGUUAACCUCAGGGACUUCAUCUUCUGUCUGGAGCAGGACCGCAGCACGGCCCGCUCGCUGAUGCUCUACAAGGCGCUGCUGAAAUGAGUCAACGAUGGAUCACAGACUGAUCACACGUCAGCUCCUCGCUGUGUCCUUGCGUCCUCUGAGGUGUUUCUCUCUCGUCUUUAGGCGCUGCAGUACGUCUGUACUCUACUUCCUGGUCAUGUCUCUUUUUUAAUGGCAGGCGUUAGUUUCACAUUUCAGUUCCGUGUUGGUUCAGUAUUUCGCCGAAGUAACGACCGCGUCACACCAGAACAUCUGAACUAACCCGCGUGCCUUCAUUAAGUCCUGUUCUGAGGUCAGAGGACGCAGCGAUCGCUGUGUUUAUGGCGCAGAUCAACAAACCAGAGCUGGAGUCACUGGUUCAUCUCGUCUCUGAAUCAAGAGUCGGAGGCUGACGACGGUUUUAACGGAUGUGACCUGAACACAACAGCUGAAUGAGAACGCUGCAGCUCGAUGGAUUGAUAUGUGAAACAUCAGAAAUGUCUGGUAUCAGACUAAAAACAUGAAUGAAUGAAGAGGUGCAGCUCUGCUCUGAUUGGAUGAUGCCUCACAGACUCUGUCAGGACGACUUGUUAUUGGUCAACGGUGAAUAUGCAGAUGUCAAAGUUUGCGAGGACGAACCUGACGUGAUCAGUUCUGGUGUGAUCAGGUCUUUAGACAGAUUUUUUAAACUUUUUUUAUUCCUCGUCUCCACAUCUACUUCCUGGUCCCUACAUUACCCACAGUGCAACUGGUCUGUUAGUGGCAGCUGACGUAUCCUGGGGGGAUCGUUCCCCCAAGAUGGUUCUUUCCUCUGAUUGGUACAAACUGUGGUUCAGUGAACGCAGCCUCUUCACACCUGGAAACACAGAGGAGGAAAACACCUGGAGCUGAACAUAUGACCAGGUCCCGAUGUGACGUCACCGUGAUGUCAUAAUUCCGUCACCUGGGAUAUUAACACAUGGACUCUACCGAUGCGGAGACGACAUCUAAUCUAAAUCUCUCCCAACGUUUCAGAUCCUGUGUGGUGGUCGUUUUGAACGCCGCGCUGAUCAAUCAGCUUGUUUUUAACCUUUUCAGAUGAUGGUAGGUCACAUGUUCACUGGUCAAAUUGGUGAGAUGCCGUCGUACCAACAGUUAUUUUAAUGUUUGUGUGGACACUCGACCUUAAGGGAGCAGUUCAACAUUAUUUCGUCUUGUUCACGUCUCUGCAGAACAAAUGUUUCUCAAACUGUUUCCUGUCUCCAGUCUUUAUGCCAAGCUAAGCUAGCUGUCUCUUGUCUUUAUGUUAGCUAGCUGUUUGCUCACAGUUCCACACUGUGCUAAGAUAAGCUAGCUGUUUACUCUUGUUUUCAGACUUAAUGCUAAGCUAGCUAUUUCCUCCCUAGCUUUAUAUUAGGACAUGAACGUGAACGUGUCUCGAAGAAACAGGAAGUUAACGUAAAUGUUGAACUGUUCGUUUAAGUCAAAUGAUUGACAGUUUGGUCGCAGGAAGUGGGUUCUUCUCCUAACAGGAAACAGACUCAGGCUACGUUCAGGAAGAUGAACAACAUCAAACUUCACCUCAGACGUUCUUCCUCCUCCUCCUCCUCUUCCUCUGGGGUCACGUGUGAUUUAAUUUUUAUCUCGUCUCUGUUUUAACCACGUGGUGACAUGGUACAUCGGUGUUACCAUAGAAACAGACCCACGGUUCAGUAUGGCGUUGAAUGAAUCAUGUGACAUGUAGUGAACCAAUCAGAGCUCCAGGUGGUGUGUUGAUGAGUGUCAGCGUGGACACGAUGUGACGUUCAAGCCACGUGGACACUCGGCAGGAACGCGACACUUCAACCCCGAACUGUUAAUGAAUUUGUAGCUGACGAUGCAGUUUGUGAAUAAAGUUUUAAAGGGGGCGUGUCCGUGGAAGGUUUUUAACGCUUUAAAUGUCUUUUGGUUUCUUUGGUCUGUGUCGUGAAUUGUUGGAACUGAAGCUGUGUGUUCUGUACGUCACUGUCGUCACGGCAACACACUAACCCGUCUGUUGGAAAGAGAAUUUUUGUGAGUAUUUAUAUUUCCUACAUUCUGUACUCGAUCCUGACGCAUUUCAGGAAAUGCAAUUUUACAGUCAUUUGUACCUUUGCAAAAAAAAUUAAAUAAAGAAAAUUAAGACUAA